AUGAUAAAAAUAUUCUUUCCAACACUCCCUUUCUCUCGGCAUGCCAAUGCUGUCCGACAGAACCCAGGCCAGCUGACUCGCAUUGCCAUAGUUGUUAGCCUCUUAAAGGUCCAAAGCGCGACCUCCUACCUCUCCAACCUCGCGCGCGAAACCGACAACUCUCCUGCUACCAAGGUGGUUCAUGACUGCUUCUCGAAAUUAGACGACGCCAUCAACCAAAUUCGUGACUCACUCGAGCAGAUGCAGCACAUAGGAUCCUUCGGCGCCAGCGAUGGCACCAGCUCCUUCCGAUUCCAGAUGAGCAACGUGCUGACGUGGAUGAGUGCGGUGAUCAACAACGAAGGGACAUGUAUGGACGGAUUCAACGACGUAUCGGAGGGUCUGGUGAAGACGGAUGUAUCCCGUCGGGGUGACUGA